UCUAAUGCUAACUUAAACCAUCAUCCUGUUCUUGGCUCACUUUCUUAUUUAGAAUUGAUUUAUCAUAUCGAAAUUUGUGGAAAUUCCAGAAGCUGUGCAGUUGUCAGAUGUUUGUAACGUGCAGUUAGUGCUCCAGCCACUUGGUAUUCCUUUUGAAGAAUCAGAUUUACUUGCAAUAUCGGAGGCGAUAGAUGCGUCCGAGGAUCAAUUGCACACUUCUGGAACACAUGUGUUUUCGGAUCGCAUUAUUAACAAGACAAUAGAGCGACUAAGCGAGCGAAUCGAUAAAUGGGCUCACGAACUGAUGAGCAAACUUGAAUUAGAACGCAGUGCCACUCAUCAUCAGCAGAAGAAAGUUGAGCCUGAUAAUGACUGGGGAGAAUCAAAGAAAGGAGGAGGCAAGAAAAAAGGCGGCAAAAGCGGUAGUGGGAAAACCAAUAAGUCUAGUGUCCGCGAUGAUUCCACCCUAACUGUCGUGGGAGUUCCUCCCCAGAUAUUGGAAGAAUGGAUAACUGCAACUAACAUGGCACCAGAGGAAAUUCUUGAAGAUAUUGUCGAGCGGAUUGGAUCACAGAUUGACGACAAAGUUCGUACCCGCCUUGCUGAAAUUAUUGCUGUUCAACAAAAUGCAGCUGCACAGUUCCAGAAGAAAAGUCUUGCACAACUGCAGGAAAAAGCCCAGACUUUAUAUUCGUCCAUCAGCAUGUUUGAAACUGCCAGCACUUCGUUUCCAGAAAUGCUUGUGGCAGCCAUUGCUUGCCUGAGCUCAUUUUUAGGGAAAGGAACAGAGCUGGCGCAAAAAUUGGAAAUGAACGCCGUUGAACGACAAACUGCGGUAUAA